UUGUUGGUGGUGGAGAGAGAGACUGCAAAAGAAGGGGAAGGGAGAGAGAGAGAAAAAGAGACAGCCGGAGAUAGAGACGGCAAGUAAGUGAGGGCCAAUGAGGAUGACGAUGGACGGAGAGGCAGUGUGAGAGUGAGGAGCUGCUUCCCGGCUACAUGACAGCCUGAUGUAAGGAGACUAUGGACACUCCCUCUAAGGAGACAGCAGAGGAGACAGGAGAGACAGCCGUCCUCUCUGAGUGACCCCAGAGCAGCCAUCCAGUCCAGAGACAUCCCACACAGACUCCAAGCCCCUGAGACAGACUGCACAUCACCUUGGUGCUGAGAGAGUGCAGGGCAGUACAAGCCGAGGGAUGUGCCCAGUGGACUAAUUCCUUGUGCGGUACCAUCUUUGUUUCCAGCUGAAAUAAGUCCUGGGCAUUGGAGAUUCAGGACAGGGGUCCGUGUCCCCUCUACAUGUCUGCCCAACCAGUGGAUAUCGGCAUGAACCUGCCAACCCAGUCUGAUGGUGUUAAGGGGCGAGAGCCAGCGUUGGAGCUCCUCAGUCGGGCACAGGGGCAUGCGAUGCCCGCUGCAGUGGAGGUCACCCCUCUCCUCUCUGCAUCAGUGCCCUCUCCAAGCAGCCUCCCCCCAAGUCCCGGGGAGUUGAGGCAAGAGCCACGGGCAACGAGUGGUCCUGGAGUGCCCAUGGAUACCUUAAGCCGGGAGCAGCAGCUUCAGCAGCAACUCCUUCUCCUAAAACAACAGCAGCAACUUCAGAAGCAACUUCUUUUUGCCGAAUUCCAAAAGCAACAUGAAAACCUGACAAGACAGCAUGAGGUCCAGAUCCAGAAACACCUCAAGGUCAGCGUGACUCUUACUUUUCCUGUUGCCUAUACGCAGCAACAGCAGGAGAUCCUGGCGGCCAAGAGACAGCAAGAGUUGGAGCAACAGAGGAAACGAGAGAGACAGAGACAAGAAGAAGCCGAGAAACAGAGGCUGGAACAGCAACUCCUUAUACUGAGGAACAAGGAGAAGAGCAAAGAAAGUGCCAUAGCCAGUACAGAGGUGAAGCUAAAGCUUCAGGAAUUUCUGUUGAGCAAAUCUAAGGAGCUACCGGGGAGUGCGAACCAUUCCAUCUUACAGCACCCCAAAUGUUGGGGAACUCACCAUACCUCACUGGACCACAGUUCCCCUCCUCAGGCUGGGUCUCCGGCUACACCUCCUUCAUACAAGAUGCCUCUUCUGGGAACCUGUGAUGGCCGAGAUGACUUUCCCCUCCGCAAGACUGCCUCUGAACCAAACUUGAAGGUUCGCUCACGGUUAAAGCAGAAGGUUGCAGAAAGACGUAGCAGUCCUCUUCUCCGUAGAAAGGAUGGAACCGUUAUCAGUGCUUUCAAGAAGAGAGCAAUUGAGAUUCAGGUUUCGUCUGUAUGUAAUAGUGCCCCCGGAUCAGGACCCAGCUCUCCAAACAGCUCAAAUAGUGCCAUCUGUGAGAACGGACUGACAGGCAGUGUGCCCAAUAUCCCGAGUGAGAUGCUUCCUCAGCAGAGAGUUCUCACCCUGGAUGGAACAGGAGGGCCGCUAGGGCUGUACACAUCUCCUUCACUACCUAAUAUUUGCCUGCAGGGAAGCGCCAGCAACCUCAGUGGCCAGUUCACCCCUCAAGAGGGAGCAGAGCGCCAAAGUCUACGACCUAGUGGACCUUUCCUGAACACUAACACACUCUCCACACUGGAUGGGGGAGAGAUAAGUCUAGGGGCUCCUUCCCUCCUGCAGCACGUGCUGUUAUUGGAGCAAGCCAGGCAGCAGAGCGCCCUUAUAACAGUCCCACUACAUGGUCAGUCGCCCCUGGUGGGGGGAGAACGUGUAUCCCCUUCCCUUCGCACAGUCACAAAGGGCCCACGACAUCGUCCCCUGAGCCGCACACAGUCCUCCCCGCUCCCGCAAAGCCCCCAAGCCCUCCAACAGCUGGUCCUUCAACACCAGCACUAUCUUGACCAACAACAACUCAGCAAAACCGUGGAAGGAAUACGCCAGCCGCCGACCCAUCCUGAAGAAACAGAAGAGGAACUGACAGAGCAAGAUGGUGGUGAGAGAUGUCGUGCCAUAUUCACUCUGGAUGGAGGGACGGAGAGCGAAGAAACUCAAGAAGAGGAAGAAGGAGCGGAGGAUGAGGAGGAUGACAGUGAAGAGGGACGGACCAAUGGUGCAGAACAUGCAUUUAAAAAGAUGUUCCCAGACACUCUUCCUCUGUAUCAAGGUUCCCUUCCUCAUUCAGCUUUAAGUCGUACCCAGUCGUCUCCUGCUGCUCCACUUACCUCUGUCAGUUCAGAGCCGCGACGCAGAGUUCUAAGCACCACAGGUUUAGUCUAUGACACUUUGAUGCUGAAACACCAGUGCACUUGUGGAGACACCAAUAACCACCCAGAACAUGCUGGGAGAAUACAGAGUAUUUGGUCCCGUCUACAGGAGACUGGUCUACUAAGCAAAUGCCAGCGCGUGCGGGGCAGGAAGGCCACGCUGGACGAGAUUCAGACGGUACAUACAGAGCACCACACCCUCCUGUACGGGACCAGCCCGCAGAGCCGCCACAAACUGGAGAGCAAGAACCUGCUGGGUCCACUCUCCCAGAAGAUGUAUGCAGUGCUUCCGUGUGGUGGCAUCGGGGUGGAUAGUGACACAGUAUGGAAUGAGCUCCAUUCUCCGGCAGCAGUCAGAACGGCUGUAGGGUCUCUGAUCGAGCUGACAUUUAAAGUAGCAUCUGGGGAACUAAAGAAUGGAUUUGCAGUAAUCCGCCCACCAGGACACCAUGCAGAAGAGUCCGUUGCCAUGGGUUUCUGCUUUUUCAACUCUGUAGCCAUUGCCGCCAAACUUCUCCGUCAAAAGAUGAAUGUGGGUCGGAUUCUUAUAGUCGACUGGGACAUUCACCAUGGCAAUGGAACCCAACAAGCCUUUUACAGUGACCCCAAUGUCCUGUAUGUGUCUCUUCACCGUUAUGAUGAUGGCAACUUUUUCCCCGGCAGUGGCUCUCCAGAGGAGGUGGGUGCCGGUUGUGGAGUUGGAUUUAAUGUGAACAUUGCAUGGACAGGGGGAGUGGAGCCGCCUGUGGGAGAUGCAGAGUACUUAGCUGCUUUUAGGUUGGUGGUCAUGCCUAUAGCUCAGGAGUUCUCUCCAGACCUUGUCCUAGUCUCAGCUGGCUUUGAUGCAGUGGAGGGGCACCAGAGUCCACUUGGAGGCUACUCUGUUACAGCAAAAUGUUUUGGGCACCUCACCACACAGUUGAUGUCUCUGGCGGGAGGUAGAGUUGUCAUGGCUUUAGAAGGAGGACACGACUUAACCGCCAUCUGUGAUGCCUCUGAGGCUUGUGUGUCAGCCCUUCUGGGCAUGGAGCCUACGCCAUUUGAUGACAGUGUCCUACAGCAAAGACCCAGCGCCAAUGCAGUGACCACUCUAGAGAAAGUCAUCACUAUCCAGAGUAAACACUGGAGCUCCUUAAAAAACAUUGCGCUAAGCCACUCCUUCUUGGAAGCACAACGGGGUGAGGUGGAGGAUGCGGAAACCGUUAGCGCGUUGGCGUCAUUAUCCGUAGAUACAGAGCAAAGCAAUACAGACUGUAUCUCCAGACCAUUGGAAGAGCCCAUGGAGGAGGAGCCGACGGCCUAACUUCCCUUCCUGGGGACUCCACACACCACAAUCCUUUUUUUAUUUUCCUUUCUUAGUUUUUGUUAUGGUGAUCGGUUUAUUUUUUCUAUAAAAACCAAGAAACAGACAAAAAAAAAAAGAAAGAAAAAAAAAAAAAACACAAGAAAACUCAAUGGGUCAGAUGUCAUGUGUCCCAGCAGGCAAGACUAGCACACCCACCCUCCCUAUCCUCGGGGACCCCUCACUUUAGCUUACACGCCCUGCUCUGUCUGGUCUCCUGUUAACACUAAACGCUACUGCCAAUGUCUCAUCAAUCUGUGCCUCGUACACCACCAAUGCACGUGCAAGGUCCCUUUAAUAGCGCCACCAAUCCCAGCGUGUACCCAUCACUCAUGCCGGCAGCUUUCUUGUGAUCCGAUCCAACCUGACUGAGGACUAGGAACCAAGAGAAUUAACACAAUGAAUAUUUCUUGCCUCAUGAAGUGGUUACUUCCAGUGGGUUCAGGAUGCACUUUAUUUACCCACCGUUAAAUUCUGCCAUUAAUUGCAUUCUAUAUAACCUCCCCCCCCCUUCUCCAAAAAAAAAGGGUUAAUUGUCUUCUUUUUGACUACCAUUUCUUUUUGUUAAUGCAGAUUUGUAGCAGGCUUAUGGUUUGGAGGUAUUGCUGCUUAAACACAGGUAGUAGUAACUAUUUUUUCACAAACAGUGCGACCCCAGUCUAGUGGUGGUGUUCGGUAUUGCAGCAGAUUUACACUGAAAUGAAUGCUGUUGAGCUGUCAUACCAUGUACAACCUGUGGACAAGUGUGGCGCUGCUUCUGAAAAAAAAAAUAGCCAUGUUUCUCAUGUUCUGGACACUCUUUAUGAAGAUUGUCUGUCUAUUGUUUCUUGUGACUUGUUGGAAGUAUUCACUUGGGUCUACAAUUGCGCAAGCAGCAUAUUUAGCGACUUUUAUGCGUCUUUUGAUAUAGGCAGUUUCACUCUUUUUUCCUACCCUUAGAACUUUUUCUUUUUGACCAUGCAGUGGUCACGUAUUUAUCAUUUACAACUUAUGUCAAAAGUCGCUAUUUUGUGCGCAAAGGUACUUUUUUUAGGUGCAAAGCGACACCACCUACCAGUAAGGCGUGAGAAUCACUUCUACCUUCCACAAUUCAACAUUUAACCCCUUGUGGACGACAGCGUCCCACUCUCCUUCUAUGACACACGCAAUCAGGAGCUGAGUGCGGGUCAUAGCUUGGUGGUCCUGGCCGCUAUCUGCCACCAGGACCCAUUUCUAAUGCCAGACAUCAUCGAUCACUGUGAUGCCGGCUUUAACCCCUUAGACACCGCAAUCAGAUUUGAUUGUAGCGUCUAAAAUACAAGUAACAAUGUCCCAGCAGCUCUGUGAAAGUAAAAAAUACCUAACCUGCCAAAUUCAGGACCCGGGAAAGUGUCUACUUCCCUCCCUCACAAGUGUCUAGAAAAAGUGUAUGUGGUAGAGCUUUUCCCACCACAGCAGAGCUGCGCAAAAUUCAUCAUCCUGCUGCACCUUCUUGAAAAAUAAGAUGCACAUUAGUCAAACCCACCACCCAAAUAAACGUGGGGAAAUAGCUCUACCGAAGACAGUCUUUCAUAAAUCUGGGCCAUGGUACCUCUCAUAUAGCUGUCUGUGCUUCGGAUGCAAAAAUGCUAUUUUUCUUUGCUACAAAGAGUUAAUGAGGUGUUCCCAAUCUGAGGCGCUGAAGGCUGAAACGGCUCCUCGCUCCCCUCUCAUCCCUGUCCCUACUUGAUUGACAGUCAGCUGAAAGCCAAGCCCUGUUUCUAAAUCUCCCUGCUGCGCUGUGCAUACAAAUUGUGUGAGGUUUGGAAACAGGGCUCGGCUUUCAGUUGACUGCCAAUCAAGCAGGGACAGGCAUGGGAGGGGGGGGGAAGCAAGAAAACACUUCAGGAGCUUAGGAAUGCCUCUUUGACACUUGGCAGAGAAAGUCAAAGCAUUUUUCUACUUCAUAGAGGCACCAACAUAUCUCAAAGGUACCAUGUGUCUAACAGCUAUCUAACAGGGUCAGCAGUUAGGAACGGGACUUGCAGUUGACAGAUUCCCUUUUUCAGAAUAAAAAAAAACCCACAGCUGUGUUCUUCCAGAAACAGUGCCACUCUUGCUCUGCGUUUGUAUGUGGUAUUGCAUCUCAGCUCUAUUGAAGUAAAUGGAGCUGAGUUGUGAUCCUACAUUCAUCCUGAGAACAACCUGGUUGUAGAAAUACCAUAAGAAACACUCAGAAAUCUUGGUGUUUUUUUUAAAAGGAAUUAAAAACUGAAAAAAAAUCGAGCCUUAAAGGGGUACUCCGCUGCUCAGCGUUUGGAACAAACUGUUCUGAACGAUGGAGCCGAUGCCGGUAGCGCAUGAUGUCAUAGCCCCGCCCCCUCAUGACAUCACGCCCCGCCCCCUCAAUGCAAGUCUAUGGAAGGGGGCGUAGAUCUCUCUGUAGAUCAUCAUAUAAAGAUCUUUUAAGCUCGUCUGGUUGGGGGCUGACGAGGCCUGAGAAGUGGCAACAUUUCUCACCACUUACCUGUGUUUAUGAAGAAUAUCCUCCAAACAUAUGCUUCUGGUGGUUGUCCCACAAUAUUACAAAAGAAGUCUGUAACAUGAGGACCCAUUUAUUUGGGGUACGAUCGGUUCUCGCUCAGGGGUGGAAUUGAUAACAGCUUGAUCUUUUGGUUGGUGAAAAAUCUAUUGUGGGGGAACCUGUUCAUGUGCCGGCAGCCUUAGAAAAUGGCGGCCACCACUCAUUGUUUACACCAAGCAUGCUUCAACUUUUACAGAUGAUCCUGAAUCUGAGAACCAGUCAGGACAUGGGACUUUGAUGUAAUCAGAACUAUGGAGCUUUAUUUCUGCUUCAGCCUAUGGCUGACCCUAUCUGUAGGUCUUUGAUGGGGUUGAUUGUUGACUUUUGCAUUGGACCCAUAGCUUCUGACACAUGGAUGGGCAUACUUCAUCAUCAAGUCUCCAAGGGACUGAAGAGCUUGGAUAAUGCCUUCUUACAUAGUGGAUCCCCAACAAGCUGAACAUGAGGGGUGACAUUUAGCUGGUGACUAUCCACUGUUUUCAGUCAGUGCUGGCAGUACUCCAGAGCAGGAUGCUAUAAUUCUGCUCCAGAUAUCAGAGAGGAUCAAACUUGGAAAACGUCCCCUUCCUCUAAAGAAGACAACCCCUUUAACUCACAAGUCCACCAUGUAACAAAAUUACCCAUCCCACGGCAGUCCCUACAGGGCAUCAGAGUCAUGCUAAGUGUCCCUCUGCACGUAUGUGUGUGUGUAUAUGUGCAUUUUACCCAUUUACCAUGUAACCGUCCGGGGGUUGACAAUGUAACGGUGUACGUAUGUGCGUUCGUGUUAAUGUGAACAUAUACACACAGCUCAUACAGCUAUAGAUCGGAGAGGCGUAUCCUGCCAAGGACCAAAUUGAAACGAUUGCGUCUAUUGAAGGGUUUCACUUUUGUAAACUUUGAGCUAUUUAUUGCUUCUCUCUGUAGUUUCACUGCCCUUCCCCUCCCCCGUCCCCGAUUCAUAUAUUAUGUUAAUAAUGAAACUCUUUGACUGCUAUGCAAGUCGGCCCCUCUAUGACACAAUGAUGUAGCUUUCAGGUGCAGAAACUCUGGUUCCAACAAUUUUGGAUUUGGUGAGAAUUUUUGGGGCUUUUAUUGGAAGGCAUAACACUACGCAAUUGUAUGGGCACCUGGGUUUACGUUUAAUAUGUUGAGAUCUAUUACCUGUACAGCUAUUCCCUAGGAUGGGGACACUACCUAUUCGGUACAUGUAUACAGGGUCGGUGCACCGUGAGCCAAUGCAUUAUUUAUUAUGACGUACCUUUUGUAGAAUUUGUAUUUCUUUUACAUUACAUGCUGCAACCACAUGACUUCUUGUUUCAGUGACCAUCCCUGAAGUGCAAGUUUCCAUGGGACGUUCUGUCUCCUAUAGCAAUAACUUGCAGUUCUAGGACCCACAAGCCUAUUUUAGGUCAGUAUGGUGGAUAGAACUGUGGUCCUGCAGUGCUGGUGUCCUGGGUUCAAAUCCAACCAGGGGAACCGUCUGCAUAGAGUUUAUAAGGUCUCUGUGUAUUUGUGUGGUUUUCCUCUCGCACUCCACAAACAUACAUAUAGGUUAUAAAUAAGUAAAUUGGGCCCUACCGCUUUACAG